AUGAGGCGUGUGUUUAACGACAACGAAGAAGAGGAUGCGGAAGGCUAUAUCGCCGGCCUGCUGAAUUACUAUCGUGGUGCGGUAAAAAAUGGAACACUACAAUGUCACGAGCCGAAAAAAGUUAUGGCGGUGGAGGGUGUAGCGCGUAGCAUGCGUCAAAAUUAUGUCGAAGAGCGAGCUACUCAACGCCGCGGGUGCGUUAAAAGUGAUCUUCAAGAAGAAGUGUGCAAUCUACAAAACGAUCCAUUUAUGCUAUCGAGAACGGAGACAGACUCAAAAAUUUUUGAAGUUAUGCCACAAGAUCGGUUAAACGCUGACAAUUAUAGAACAUGGAAAUUUUCAAUGAAGAUGUUACUAAUUCAGAGAGAAUUAUGGUCAUACGUGAAUGGAACAGCUGAGUUAAAGCCGGAAGCAAGUGCGGCUGAGAAACAAGCAUUCAAAUCUAAAGAUGAAAAGGCUUUAUCUACAUUAGCGUUAGCCAUCGAUCCAGAUCAACAAAUCCAUAUAGUGGGUUGCAAAACUUCGACUGAAGCAUGGGCCGUAUUAGAACAAGUCUACGAACCCAAAUCGAGCGAAACACAUGAGAAGAUGGCUUUCAAUAGAACAGAAUUUACACAAAUAUAUUUAAAAGAUGCAGAAACCAAUCGCGUGUACACAAUAAAUGUAACACCGGUAGAAGCAAUGCGCUUAGAAACUGGACCACAGUGUUUGUCAAAGUUUUCUGGAUUAAAACGAACAUAUAAAACUGUCAAAGACCAUAAUAAUAAGUCUGGCAAUGGAACAAGAAAAUGGCCAUAUUUAUCUCAUAUGGAGAAUUUAUUAGGCUCGAAGCCAUUUAUGUCACCGGUAAGUACUAUAUCCUCAACAGGGAAAGGAUCUCAAUCACCAUCAGAAUGCAGUACAUCUAGUAUUGACAGUUGUUUGGAGACUGAAGAAAAGUCAACACGUAAGAAAUUUCGGCAAUUAUAUAAUCUAGAAACAUUAAUAGAAGAUUUAAAAGAAAAUAGGAAGAUGGGAGAAGAAGCCAUGGAAAGAAGACAUCAAGAAAACAUAGAAAUGCGCAAGAGACUUCUCGAUUCUUUUGAAAAAAUAGUAGAUAUUUUAAGUAAAAAGUAA